AUGGCGAAGGAUGGCGAGAAGCAGCACCACGAAAAGCAGGUUACUGGGAGCGCGCAAAGUCCCCUGGGGGGAAAUGCUGGCACUCAGGGGGAGAAUGCGCGGGAAGGGGAGGGUGGCGCGGAGGGUGACGCGCAGGAAGGGGAAGGUGGAGCGGGUAACGAGAAGAACGACGGGGGGGACAGGGAGGGGGGGGUUUCUGGAGGAGAGGAGGCAGCGGAUGGUGACGGCCUGCAGGCUGCAGGCAGCGGCGUGCUUGCUGCUGGUAGAGCAUCUAACGACCAGGAUGCAGCGGGCGCUGGUCAAUCAACGGCUCACGCUGCAGCUGAAGCGAGGGGCCCUGGGGAUACUGCUGCUGCUGUGGCGAUGGCUGCUGGUGCUCCUGGCGCUGAUGGUAUGGCUGGGGAGGGUACAGCCGGGGAAGGUUUACCUGGCGCUGGUGUGGAGGCUAUGAUGGCAGAUGAAGGGACAGGGGAGCUCGCACAAGCAGCAGUCAUGGGAGGGGCAGGAGGGCGAGGAGGAGCAGUAGGCGGAGCAGCAGGCGGAGCAUUAGGGGUAGGAGUGGGGCCAGGAGGGGCAGGAGGAGGAAUAGGAGGAGGAAUAGGAGGAAUAGGAGGAGGAAUAGGAGGAGGAAUAGGAGGAGGAAUAGGAGGAGGAAUAGGAGGAGCGAUACACGGUGGUAUGGGCGGGGAUGGUGAGGGCGAGCGCGAGGGUGAAGGGGCAUGCAGUGCAGGGGGGGAGGAUGCUGCUGCAGCAGCAGCAGCAGCAGCAGCGAUGGGGAUGGGGAUGCCGGUGGUGGUGGACGUGUCGCCAGAGGAUGGCGUGUUGCCUGCUGUGGGCGGGUCGGCUAACGUGGAUGGGUGUGUGCGCAAGCUCAUGGAAUUCAUGUACCACCAGCGCCGCCGCCCUGCUGACAACAACGUGGAGUUCUGGCGUCAGUUCGUCGCGCAGUACUUUGCCCCGAACGCCCGCAAGCGCUGGUGUGUUGCCUCCUACGGCAGGAGCGGCCGCCAGCCGGCCGGUGUCUUCCCGCAGGACAUCUGGCCCUGCGACCUCUGUGGCGCCAGCCCUGGCAGAGGCUUCGAGAUGACGAUGGAAGUUCUGCCCCGGCUGUUCAAGAUCAAGUACGACAGCGGCGUGCUGGAGGAGGUGCUUUAUGCGGAUCUACCCGCGGAGUACAUGCUGCCAGGUGGCGCCGUGGUAUUGGAGUACGACCACGCCAUCCAGGAGAGCCUCUUUGAGCAGCUGAGGGUGGUGCGGAAAGGGAAGCUCAAAAUCGUCUUUAACUCCGACCUUAAGAUCACCCUAUGGGAGUUCUGCACGCAGAACCACGAGGAGCUCGUGCCACGACGCCUCGUACUGCAGCAGGUGAGUCGGCUGGCGGAUCUCGCCUUCAAGUUCCAGAACCACUUGCCGGGGUCCCUCACGCCCAAUCAGCUCCACUCCCAUUGCGCCACGUAA